GUUAUGAGGGAGGGUUGUUCGCUCGUUGAAAAAUGGCGAAGAAGGUCAAUCAGCAGGAGAUGGUGCAGGUCGACCGCUCCGAGUCUGCCUCACCGUUUUGGCGCUCCAAUGCUACGAGCCCGACUAACAGGAACCAUGAGAAGAAGGUGGUUGGUGCUGCAUACUCGCAUGCUGAUAUAUUGAAAUUCGACUCACUUUCAUUGUCUGGCAACGCACGGCCACGAACCCCGCCAUCCCACUCCCAGAGUCGUGAAACUUCAGCAGCACCAAGUAAGACAAGUAACAAGUUCAGUUCACCUACUCCCCCAAGAUCGUACACUUCCUUCAUCCGGGACAGCCAGAAAGCAUGGGAAACGAAUGACGACGAUGACGGCGACGACGACGAACUUACGUAUGAUGAUGACGAAGAUGAAUUCGGUCUUCCCAGCAUAGCUAGCAUGCGCAGAAAGGACAAAUUGUUAGAGGCAAAAAAGCGAAACGACCCUGGUGGAGGCAAACACGGAACAUCGAGCAAUGGCUUCGGCUCCUCGACUGACGGCCUGUGGAGGGUCAACACUGGAGACAUUGCUGAAGAGCGUGGCAUACCCACGUACCCUGUCGCCAAAAAAUCAGAGGGAAAGACACUUCGCCCGCAGUAUAAAGAUAUCCUGAGGGAUCCUGCAAAUUCUCUACAUCUUAUCAAUCAUCCCUCUUUGCCGCCAAAUGCAUCUCCCAAAGAGGUCGAGGCACAUAAUGCUCGCUUGUCUCGCAUAAAUAAAUUUAAGCGUAUACUGCAGACGAGCAAUAUAUCAUUACCAGACCUCAGGUCAUGCGCUUGGUCAGGUAUACCAACAGAGGUUAGAGCUAUGGCUUGGCAAUUGCUACUAGGAUAUCUACCUACCAGCAGUGAGCGCCGCGUCGCAGCUCUAGAGCGAAAACGAAAGGAAUAUCUCGACGGCGUACGGCAAGCCUUCGAACGAGGGACUCUGGGUAGCUCUGAUCCCGUAGCUAGUGGUGUCGCUGGCUCUGCUGUUGUUGGCACAACUUCUUCGUCCACGAACCGAGGGCGCGGGCGAGGAUUAGACGAAGCCAUCUGGCAUCAGAUUAGCAUCGACGUGCCACGUACUAAUCCCCAUUUGGAGCUGUAUAGCUAUGAAGCGACACAGCGCUCAUUGGAGCGCAUCCUCUAUGUCUGGGCAAUACGACAUCCCGCCUCGGGAUAUGUUCAAGGCAUAAAUGACUUGGUCACACCAUUCUGGCAGGUCUUCCUAGGCGCGUACAUUACCGACCCUGAUAUCGAGUCCGGUAUGGACCCAGGACAGCUUCCUAAACCUGUAUUAGAUGCAGUAGAGGCCGAUUCCUUUUGGUGUUUGACCAAACUGCUUGAUGGCAUUCAGGAUAAUUACAUCUUUGCACAGCCCGGAAUUCAGCGGCAGGUCGCGGAGUUGAGGGACCUAACCACGCGCAUUGACGAGGCGCUUGCCAAGCAUCUGGAGAAAGAAGGUGUUGAGUUCAUCCAAUUCAGCUUUCGGUGGAUGAACUGCCUUCUCAUGAGAGAGAUCAGUGUGAAGAACACGAUUCGCAUGUGGGACACGUACAUGGCCGAAGACCGUGGCUUCUCUGAUUUCCAUCUUUAUGUCUGUGCCGCGUUUUUGGUCAAAUGGUCCGAUCAGAUCCUGAAGAUGGAUUUCCAAGAGAUAAUGAUGUUCUUGCAAUCCCUGCCAACCAAGCACUGGACCGAGAAGGAUAUCGAGCUGCUUCUUAGCGAGGCAUUCAUAUGGCAGUCUCUUUUCCGAGGCAGCAGCGCUCAUCUCAAGGGACAGUCCAGUGGAAGGCCGAGUUUAGGGGCAGGAACAGGAGGGGGAAUGCUGGGCCCAGGUGGCUAAGCUUUGGGUUAUAGGAUACAUAAUAGACAGAGUUCCUUUGGGUACGUUUCUUUGGGGAUAUGAUGCAACUUGAAAUGCGCGUCCAGCGAUUUCUCAAGCCGGCGAAGUCAAUGGUCUUGAACAAGACAUGAAGGAAAUAGUGCUGCGUUAAAGCAUGCAGGCGGCCCAUUUGCGGGAGCAUUAAUUUUUUUUUUUCAACGUUUCGUCUAUUUGACGCAAAAUGAGCUUUGCAUUGGCUUUAUUAAUUCCACUGUCUUGAAAUAUCUUUGCCAUAGGCCAAGCCAAGGCCACUCCUCACUAGCCCUCUUUGUAAGGCUCGAAAGCGGAGCAGAUUCCGUGCGAAACUC